AAGGGGAAGCUUACAAGAUUGGUUUGGUGAAGAGAAGUGAAGUGAAGUGGUGUUGUAAUGGCGGCAGGUGAUGAAGAGUUGACCCUUCUGGGAGUUGUGGGAAGCCCAUUUCUGCACAGGGUUCAGAUCGCUCUCAAAUUGAAGGGAAUAGAAUACAAAUACGUGGAAGAUGAUUUGAACAACAAGAGUGAUCUUCUCCUCAAGCAUAACCCUGUUUACAAAAUGAUUCCUGUGCUCAUUCACAACGACAAGCCAAUAUCAGAGUCCCUUGUGAUUGUUGAAUACAUCGAUGACACAUGGAAACACAACCCCAUCUUGCCUUCGGAUCCUUACCAGAGAGCCUUGGCUCGUUUCUGGGCUAAGUUCAUCGAUGACAAGUGUGUGGCUCCAGCGUGGAAAUCUGCCUUCAUAGUUGAUGAGAAAGAGAAAGAGAAGGCUGUAGAAGAGUUAUUCGAGGCUCUUGGGUUUCUUGAGAAUGAGCUGAAGGGGAAAUUUUUUGGUGGGGAUGAGAUUGGGUUUGUGGAUAUUGCUGGAGUGUUCAUACCUAUUGUUCAAGAGAUUGCAGGGUUGCAAUUGUUCUCGAGUGAGAAAUUUCCAAGGUUGUAUAAAUGGAGCCAAGACUUCCACAACCAUCCGCUUGUGAACGAGGUUCUGCCUCCUAAAGACCAACUUUUUGCCUAUUUCAAGGCUCGGGCUCAAAGCCUUGCUGCUAAAAGGAAAAAUUAGUACAUUAUAGUCAGACUCCAUUCCAAAGAAUCUUAAUCGUCUGAAAGCUAGUUGUACGCGUGGUUAGUUAAUGUGGUUAUAUUUCCCUUUUAAUAUGAACGUGUGAUGACAUGGGGUUUCUCCAUGUGAAAAAAAAAUCCAAUCCUAUGAUGUUGUUGACAUUUUCGAUAUUUCAAUUCAAUCAAUAAAAUAUGUGGGUGAGUAGUACUAAUUAAAUGGUACUCCUUCUACACUAAACACAUAUUUGAUCAACAAAAAUCACCUCG